GAGGGCGUGGGCGGCGCGCCCGCCACUGCGUGGAAGUUCCUGCCCGGGCGCGCGUGGGUGUCUGCGCGGGUGCUUGCGGGGGGCGUGGGCUCGAGCCUGCGUGGGUUCUGGGCCCGCGGCUGCGUGGGGUUUGCGCCUUUUCGCUGUUGUGGCUCUCGGGGUUUGUGCGCCCGCGUGUGAGGCGCGCCAUGUGUGGCUGUGUGUGAGGGAGCUAUGUCGGGACCGCGGAUGUGUAUCGCUGCGUGACCCACGCGAAGGAAACAAUGGAGCCAGUGGGAAGCCGGGAGUGGGUGUGUGACGCUGGCUGUGAAGAUUUGUGUUGCUGGAGUGUGUGCGUGUGUGUCAGUGUCAAGCUGAUGUGGGCGUUUAUCGUAGCCUUGGGUUACUGUGUGAUUUGCCUAGGCGUCUGUCUGCCACUUAGCGUCAGUGGCUUUGCGGUUGUGAGUGUGUGACUGUGCCCUUCUGGUGUAUAUUGCACUGUAACCAUGGAAAUGGAGGCCCGCAGGGGGAGAAUUUUGAGCAGCUCUAAGGUGUGAUGGGCUGCCCUGGAAAUCUGUGGAACUGUUUAAUUGUGCAUGACUUUCCUCCUUGGUACAAUAGCAUAUUAAUAGCACCUGCCUGGGUGUUACUGGGAAGAUUAAAUGAGAUGACGUAGCUGAAACACCCUGACAUGUGACAGACCUUGUCACAUACUUAUCACCGUGUUUAGGUGUUGGUUUUGGUGCUAGUGGUCGUUUUUCUUUGACCCUAGACAGAGGCAGAGAUAGUGGUGAAUGCUCGAGGAGUUUGCAUCUCUGAACUUGGGACUGGGCGAUCUUUGUCCACAUACCAGGGCAUCUGACCACCUCCAUUUGAGCAGUGGUGCACUGUCCCCGCCAACCACCUAUGUCGUCUGUUUUCUGCAUGUGUGCAUUUGAGUGGAGGACAGAGCCCUCCACUGACGCUGCGUAUGGUUGUGUCCCCUUCCUACCAGCGUAGCUUGGAAGCAAGAGUGUGGACUGUGGCGCCCCACUGUCUGGUGUUGACUCCUGGUUUCACCACUGGCUAGCUGUGUGACUGGGAGAGCUUAGUUAAGUCCACCACCCCUAGGUUUCUCCUGUAAAACAGUAGUCAUAACAGAACCAACCUCAGGCUUAUGGUGAGCAUAAGUAGAACUUGGCACAAGGAACUGCCACAUAAAUGGUCAUCGUUUUAUUAGUAGCAUAAUAACCGCAGGCAUCCCACACCUGGAGAAUAAAAUCCACAGGUAGAAAAGCAAAAGGACGAGGCCUAGAGUAAAGGUUUCAGGUUCAGAGGUAAAAUAACUUGGACGUCUAGAUCAGGGCUUAGGUUCAGAAUUGUGUAGUCAGGGUCCUGGGAGGGCAGCAGUAGAGUGAAGGAGGUGGGGUCAGGAACAAAGGAUCUUCCUGAUGGAGAUGUCCCUAGGGAGCCCAUGGGGAACCCAUGGGGUCAAGAACAGAACUUUGAAGUGUCAGGGACUAAGGGAUGUUCUCAUAUAACACAUGGGUCUGGAAAUGUUUCUGUCCAGACCAGUGUUUCACAGCCUUGUCACUGUGACAUUUGGGGCCAGAUAGUUUUUUGUUGGGAGAUGGGAGGGGGUGCUAUUCUAUGUGUUAUAGGAUGUUAUACAGCAACCCUGGGCUCUAUUUACCAGGCCAGCAGCACACCGCACCUCCCUUCAGAUUGUGACAAGUGAAAAAAAAAAAAAAUGUCUCCAGACACUGUCAAGUGUCCCCUGCAGGGGCAAAAUCACUAAUUGAGAGGACGGUGUCGCGAAAGCAUGGACAGACCCAAGGCACGAUGAGAGGGAGAAGAGUAAGGGAGCUGGGGAAGGCAGGGAGGGAAGAGAUGAUAAAGGGAUAGUGUUCUGAGAUGAGAAGAAAGGUGUCCAUGGCCUGCAGCCCGGGUAAGCUCCGAGAUGCAUUCAUUCGUUCAGCCGGUGAGUGCCUACCACGGAUUGGGCACUGUGCUAGUCUCUCAACAAAACAGGCAAGGUUUUUACUUAGCUGGAGCUUGCAUUUAGUGGGAGAGACAAAAAUAAAGUCUAUAAUAGGUGCUGAUUGUAUUUUGAAAAGGAAAGCAGGGUAAAAGGAUUACUGGGCGUUGUUAGGUGUUCUUUUCAGAGUCAACAUCCAGGUCUCCCAUGGGCAUCUUGGUCAACUCCAGAGCCAGGAAUGGCCACCAGCAGUGACCCUCUGGAAUCCCUUGAUUAGGGAAUCUAAGAGUUUGACUUUGAUCUUACCAAAGACUUUUCUCUUCACUGAGGUCUGGACUUCAGCAGAAACAGGUCAGAUCUCUAGCUCUGUCCUUGAGACUCAAACGUUAUUGUAAAUGAUGGCUUCACGUUACUGUCACCUUGGAAUGCUUUAUUUAAAAAAAAAAGGCGGGUCAGACUCAAUCCCCAGAGAUUCUGAUUUAAUUGGUCUGGCGUAGUGAACUGCCAUCAGCUGUCACUAUUUAUUAGCAAGCUCCCAAGAGACUAAUGUACGCACAGAGUUGAGAGCUACAGCUCUGAGUGCCUGCAGCCCAGGCUCCUUUGGGGCCUCUGAGAAUGAGAUAAAUUGAUUUGGAGGAGUCAGGGGGAGGAUGCAAGUGACCUCUGCUUGGAUAUCUUAUCAAAAACAGUCCUCAGAGCUGCACUUUCCUGCAGUAGGGAUAUUCCUAGCCCCAUCCUGCAAGUGAGGAAACCUAAUCUGUUCCCACACAAAGUGGGAAAAUGGCAGACUAGACAUGCAUAUGCAUAGCCUGUGUUCUUCCUGUAACAGCUGUGCUGCGGUCUUUGGUGAAAUUGCAUACAUACGUUCCUGGCCUCGGACUGGCAGGUUCAGGCCAGGAGUGAUCUUUGAAUAUUUGACAGCUGGUACAGCAAAAGCUGACUGGCCCAAAGGAGGCAGUGAGGCUGUGGCAGUGCAUUUAAUGGCUGGUUUUCAGUAUAUCAGGACCCUCCCCCAAUUCAAUACCCAGCACAGCCCCCCAGGCUCAAAGGGGUGCCAGGGCAGGAGGGGAAGGCCCCUCAGUUAUUUGCCUCAGAGGGGAGGCACAACCACUGUUCAGUAGCUCUUUGAAGCAUGUUCCAGCCGUCCUCGCCUCAGGAGGACGUAGCUUUGUGCCUUUCAAAGCCCUUUCUCAUCUAUCAUCAGGGACUCAGAAGACGAGCCAGGUUUACAGCCCUGCCUUGAUGUGGUAUGUGCGACCCAGCCUUCUUUUAUUUCGUUUGUUGUUUUGAAGAUGUAAUUAUACGUUCAUGACACAAAAACAAAGCAUAGAGAGCAAAAAGCGGGUUUUGGAUUUUUCCAAAUCCAAAAUAUGUUAUAUAUGUGGAUUCCCACACAUAUAACGUGGUUCCUUUCUUCAGGGACAGUCACUGCUACAGACGUUUUGUUUAUCUUUCCAGCGCCUUUUCAAAGUCACAUAUUUGUAUACUAUAUUUUGGUUUUUCUAAAUGGCUUUUCUAUAUUUUUCCCCUUACACCAUUUUAUCUUGGAGGUUUUUCAGCCUUGGCACAGUUGAUGUUUUGAGCCAGAUCCUUCUCUGCUCUGGAGGGCCGUCCUGUGCAUUGCAGGAGAGUGAGCAGCAUCCUUAGCCACCACUCACUGGAUGCCGGGGCACCUCGCCUCCCAGAUGUGACAACCAAAAACAGCCUCAGACAUUGCAGUUUUCUCAUGGGAGGCAAAAUUACCCCCAAUUAGGAAUCACUACUAUGGUUCUACUUUGUUCCUUUUAAUACGUGGUGUCUCGUUAUAUGCAUGUAAUGUUCACUUAACCAUUUUCCUAUUGAUGGGCUCUUAGGUUGUUUCCAGUCUCCUGAUGGUGGUAGUAAUAAUAAAAUUCUUAGCAUUGACCCUGCUUCCUGGCACUCCUCUAAAUGUGUUACAUAUUUUGACUCAUUUAAUCUUCACCACAACCCUGUGAAGUCAUUACUGUGUUUUGUCUCAUCUUGCAGAUGAGGAAGCUUAGCCCCGGAGAGGACACGUAGAGUGUCUUAAGUCCACACAGAUAGCGGAUGGCAGAGUUAAAUACUGAACCUAGACAGCCUGCUGCAGGCCCACACCCUUACCCAAGGAAAUGUACUGCCUCUUUCUAUAAACUCUGCCACGGUGAAUACCCUUGUGUGUCUCUCAUUGUGCACAUGUGCAAAGACGUCUGAAGACAUGUACAGGAAAUAAGGUUGCUGGAUUAAAGAGUACAACAGGGGUAAAGAAUGUGUAUCUUCAGUCUUAAAGACAUUGCCAAAUUGCCCUCCAUUGAGGUUACAUCAAUUUCUCUCCUCCGGCACUAGAUAAGAAUUCUAAUCUCAGCCUUUUUAGUGGGUCUCAGUCUUUGUUGGUCUCUUGGAUGCGUGGUAUGUGGUUGACCCUUGAAUAGUGCAGGGGUUAGUGGUACCAACCCCCUGUACUGUAGAAAAUCCAAAAUAUGUUAUAUAUGUGGAUUUUCUUUCAGUAAAGUGACCAUUAGACUAUUAGUACUUAAGUCUUUUUUGACUCCCCAAAGACUUAAGUACUAAUAGUCUAAUGGUCACUUUACUGGCCCCUAAGCAAUAACCUAAACAGUCUGUUAACACAUAUUUUGUGUGUUACAUGUAUUACAUACCCUAUUCUUAUAAGAUAGAAGAAAAUGUUAUUAAGAAAAUCAUAAAGAAAAUAUAUUUACUGUUCAUUAAGUAGGAGUGGUUUUCAUACUCAUGGCCUUCAAGUUGAGUAGGCUGAGGAGGAAGAGGAAGAGCUGGUCUUACUGUCUCACAGGUGGAAGAGGUGGAGGAGCUGGAAGGGGAGGCAGGAAAGGUAGGCACACUCAGUGUAACUUCCAUAGAAAAACAUCUGCAUAUAAGUGGACCCUCACAAUUCAAACUAACGUGGCUCAAGGGUCUACUGUAUUGUGAGUUGAAGAGGAAAAGGAAGGCAAGCAAUGACCAUGUUCCAGGUACCGAAGACAUCACAUGUAAAUAUCCUAACAGCAGAGGUGAGGUAGGUUUUCUUUACCCCAUUGUAUAGAUGAGCAAACAGGCUUUGUGUAACUUUUUCACAGCCAGUAGUUGGCAGAGGCAAGCUUUGAAUCCAGGAUUAUCUAAUAUCAAACUGCUGUUCUUUCUUCCCCAGUAGUGCCGAGUUCCUUGAAGAAAAUUGUUUUAUGGACAGUGUAUGAGUCUGUUUUCACGCUGCUGAUAAAGACAUACCGGACUCUCAGUUCUACGUGGCUGGGGAGGCCUCACAAUCCUGACGGAAGGUGAAAGGCAUGUCUUACGUGGCCGCAGGGAGAAUGAGAGAAGGAGAACCAAGCGAGAAGGGUUUCCCUUACAGAACCCAGAACCCUCAGAUCACAUGAGACUUACAGCCGUGAGAAGAGCCAAGCGGAAAGGGUUUCCUGUACAGAACCCAGAACCAUCAGAUCACAUGAGACUUACUCACUGCCAUGACAACAGCAUGGGGGAAACUGCCCCCAUGAUUCAGUUAUCUCCCACCGGGUCCCUCCCACAACACGUGGGAAUUAUGGGAGCCAUAAUUCAAGAUGAGAUUUGAGUGGGGACCCAGCCAGACCAUAUCAGACAAGAAUCAUGCUUCUCAAAUUUGGGGUGCGUGGCUGAGUGCAAACACCUGUGAAAACUGCAGGAUGAAUGCCUUACAACUUUCUGGAACAAGUCAUUUUACCUGAGUAAUUGGACAGGGAAAGCCAAGUGAUCUGCUUAUCUGCCCUGCCUUACCAGCUCUCUGCCCCUCUCUGAGUGUGGACCCUAAAGGGGGAGAAGGGAUGCCAGCUGCACGGGGGAAAUCCAAAUCCAAGGCACCUAUAACAUUUGGGGACUUAGCCAUCUACUUCUCCCAGGAGGAGUGGGAAUGGCUGAGCCCCAUUCAGAAGGAUUUGUAUGAAGAUGUCAUGUUGGAGAAUUACCGGAACCUGGUCUCGCUUGGUCUUUCCUUUCGGAGACCAAAUGUGAUCACCUUAUUGGAGAAAGGGAAAGCGCCCUGGAUGGUAGAGCCAGUAAGAAGACGCCGGGCUCCUGACUCGGGGUCUAAGUGUGAGACCAAGAAGUUACCUCCAAAUCAAUGCAGCAAAUCUGGGCAAAGCAUCUGCCAGAAACUAGUUUCUGCACAACCAAAAGCUCCUACACGAAAGAGUGGCUGCAACAAAAAUUCAGUCCUAAUAAAGGCUAAGAAAGGGCAUUCCAGGAAGAAACCUUUAAAAUGUAAUGACUGUGGUAAAACCUUUAGUCGAAGCUUCUCUCUUAAACUUCAUCAGAACAUUCAUACUGGAGAGAAGCCUUUUGAAUGCAGUAAUUGUAGAAAAGCUUUCAGACAGAUCUCAUCCCUCGUACUUCAUCAGAGAAUUCAUAGUGGAAAGAAAAGCCAUGAAUGUGAUAAAUGUGGGGAAAGCUUCAAUCAAAGAACAACCCUUAUUCUACAUAGGAGAAUUCAUGGUGGAAAGGAAAUUCUUGACUGUGAGAAGGCCUUGAGUCAAUGUCAGUCUUUCAAUAUACAUCAGAAAAUUCACGUUGUUGGGAAUGUCUGCCAGUGCAAAAAGUGUGGGAAAGCCUUCAGUCAGAUGUCAUCCCUUUUACUUCAUAAAAGAAUUCACAAUGGAAAGAAAACACAUAAAUAUAAUAAAUGUGGGAGAGGCUUCAAAAAGAAAUCAGCCCUUGUUAUAAAUAAAAGAAUUCAUGCUGGAGAGAAAAUCCCUGAAAAUGUGAAGGCCUUAAGUCAGAGUCUACAGCAAAGAAAUCACCAUUUAGAGAAUCCUUAUAAAUGCAGAAAAUGUGGGAAAUUCUUUAAUAGGAUUUCACCCCUGAUGCUUCACCAGAGAAUUCACACUUCAGAGAAACCAUACAAAUGUGAUAAAUGUGACAAGCUCUUCAGGCGGCUUUCAACCCUUAUUCUGCAUCUAAGAAUUCAUAAUGGAGAAAAUCUAUACAGAUGCAAUAAAUGUGAGAAGGUCUGCAAUCGGCAUUCAUCCCUUAUUCAACAUCAGAAAGUUCAUACAAAGAAAAAGAAACUAUUUGAGUGUAAGGAAUGUGGGAAGAUGUUUUCUGGAACUGCAAACCUUAAAAUACAUCAGAACAUUCAUUCUGAAGAGAAACCUUUCAAAUGCAAUAAAUGUAGUAAAGUUUUUGGCCGCCAAUCAUUUCUUAUUGAACAUCAAAGAAUUCAUACUGGAGAAAAACCCUACCAGUGCGAGGAAUGUGGAAAAGCCUUCAGCCACCGAAUCUCUCUCACGCGACAUAAGAGAAUUCAUACUGAAGAUAGACCCUACGAAUGUGAUCAGUGUGGGAAGGCCUUCAGCCAGAGCGCACACCUUGCCCAACAUGAAAGAAUUCACACUGGAGAGAAGCCAUAUACAUGCAAAACAUGUGGUAAGGCCUUUAGUCAGCGCACAUCUCUUAUUCUACAUGAAAGAAGUCAUACUGGAGAGAAACCCUAUGAAUGUAAUGAAUGUGGAAAGGCCUUUAGCAGUGGCUCCGACCUUAUUCGACAUCAGAGAAGUCAUUCUUCAGAGAAGCCCUAUGAAUGUAGUAAAUGUGGGAAGGCAUAUAGUCGGAGCUCAUCCCUGAUUCGACAUCAGAAUACACAUUCUGAAGAAAAAGCCUAAGAUUGUUUUAAAUCUAUAAAAUCAACUAAUGAGGCUAUCAAAGAUAUGGCAAAUAUUUAUUUGUCUAUAAUGUAAAUUUUGUGUAUAUGGGACCAUUUGAUGAUACGUCCCACUUUGAAAGCCAAAGAGCAAAAGUCAUUGGUGAUUUUGACCUCAGGAUUUGAAAUUAACUGAAGGAAACUCAGAAGUUUGGUCAGCCAUUGGAAAUGAAGAUCAUUUUUUAUUUGAUAAGAACGACUGGCUGGGCAGGAAAUGAAGAUCAUUUUUUAUUUGAUAAGAAUCACUGGCUGGGCACGGUGGCUCACACCUGUAACCCCAGCACUUUGGGAGGCUGAGACGGGUGGAUCAUGAGGUGAAGAGUUUGAGACCAGUCUGGCCAACAUAGUGAAACCCCAUCUCUACUGAAAAAUACAAAAUUAGCUGGACAUGGUGGUGUGCACCUGUAAUCUCAGCUACUGGAGAGGCUGAGGCAGGAGAAUCACUUGAACCCAGUAGGUGGAGGUUGCAGUGAGCAGAGAUUGCGCUACUGCACUCCAGACUGGGCAACACAGCAAGACUCUGUGUCAAAAAAAAAAAAAAAAGACUGAUAUUUUACUUCCAGCAUAGUUUUAAAGAUAAUUCAUUGGUCACAUACAACAAAGUAUAAUUCUGAAGUCCAUUAUGGGGCUCUGAGCCUGGUUUAAGGUCACAGAAGAAAGAAUUUGAGUCUUUCUCAGAUCUAAAACUAUCAAAUAUCAGGAACUUCUUGGCAAAACAGGGUGUCACUUUCAACUGACAGACUUGUGGGUGAGAAUAAAGAAAAGUGAGUCUUUAGGUAGAUAAAGGCAUCAUUCACUCAUAAUGGUGUGUAACAGUAGAAACCUUAUUGUACCAUCUCCAUGGAUAUGAGAAUAUAUGAUCUUCAUGGUGUGAACAUCUAACAUGGCUGAGACAAGCUAUCAGUAAAAGAACCAAGAUACCAUGAAGAAAGGAUUUCAGAGCCAGGAGAAAUCAGUAUUGUUUUAUUUGGAAAUAAAUCAUCUAUAUUUAUAUGAAUAAACAUUGGUAUUUUCAUGUAACAAUACUGGUAUGCAAUAAGUGGUGAAAUAUGAGUUGUUAUGGACUGAAUGUUUGUGUUCCCCCCCGCCAAAAUUCAUUAUGUUAAAAUCCUCACCAUCAAUGUGAUGUUACUUGGAAAUGAGGCAUUUGGGAGGCAAUUAGAAUUAGAUGAGGUCAUGAGGGUGGAGCCUUCAUGAUGGGAUUAGUGCCUUUAUAAGAAGAGACAUUGGGCUGGGCGCAGUGGCUCAUGCCUGUAAUCCCAGCACUUUGGGAGGCCAAGGUGGGCGGAUCACGAGGUCAGGAUUUCGAGACCAGCCUGGCCAAUAUGGUGAAACCCCGUCUCUACUAAAAAUACAAAAUCAGCCGGGCAUGGUGGCACGUGCCUGUAGUCCCAGCUACUCGGGAGGCGGAGGGAGAAGAAUCACUUGAACCCAGGAGGCAGAAGUUGCAGUGAGCCAAGAUCACGCCACUGCACGCCAGCCUGGGGGACAGAGCGAGACUAUGUCUCAAAAACAAACAAAAAAAGACAUCAGAAAGCCUGCUUCCUCUCUGCACCAUGUGAGGAUGCAACAAGAAGCCAGCUGUCUACAAAACAGGAAGAGAGCCCUAACCAGAACCUAACCAUGCUGGCCACCUGUUCUCAGACUUCCAGGCUUCAGAACUGUGAGAAGUAAAUCGUUGUUUAAGCCAUCCAGUCUAUGAUGUUUUGUAAUGGCAGCCCAAACUAAUAUAUGGAGUGGAAACCCUAGAUUUAUAUACUGGGUUCUUUUCUUGUCAGCAGUUCAACAUGUGUAGUAGCCUUCAGUCUCUGCUGUUUGUGCCAAAUAUAUAAGAAAUAAAAUCAGAGAACUUUUUUGUAAUUGGAUCAUA